UCUGUGCUAACCAACCAAGAAAGCUAAGGCAGCAGAAAUGGCAGUUAAUAAGCUCCCUUUCGUAGCUGUGGCGAUGCUCUUGCUCGUCGUGCACUGCGAGAUUGGCCAGGGACUGCCGCUGAGGCACACCACUGCAGCUCUUGGUCUGGGUACCAAGAAAUUGUCCGGAGGAUCGCCUGCUGCUGCUGUCGAAGCUACCUCUGAUAAAUCUGCGGAAGAUGAGAAGUUUGCUGCGCUCAUCCCAUUCAUAGCACGAUUUGUGGCGCUACACUUCUCAGGCUUGGUCCUGUCGCACCCCUGUGUCGGUCGCGUUGCCGACCAAUGUGGCUGGAAUGUUUCUGUGACAUGCGUCAAGAAGGCUGUCUCCAAAUGCUGAGCACACAACAAGCUGCUGCCACCGUCCCGGAAGUCAAGUUACCCAGAGUAUCAUCUCAAUAUAUUGUUAAGAGUUUGUGUAUGUGUACCGAACAUAUAGAGUCGGUAGUAAUAAAUAAUUGUGGGCUUAUUAAUUGCUCCAUCUACUAGUUCUACAUAUGUAUAGAGUAUCAUUUGAAUGAAUUAUUAAGAGUAUGUGUACGUAUACCGAACAUAUUGAGUCGGUGGCAAUAAAUAAUUAUGUACUUAAUUGCUCAACAUACUAGUUCUACACAAGUCUAGAGUAUGUCUCAAUGAAUUGUUAAUGGUAUGUGUAUGUAUACCGAACAUAUCGAGUCGGUGGAAAUAAAUAAUUGUGGACCU